ACUUUCCUAUCCUCUCUUUUCCCCUGGAGGAAGGGUAUCGUCGUCGUCGACCUGCGUGGGAUCUCACCACCUCUCUCUGCAAAUUGGGGCACAUCCAAACCAACUGUAAAAGUCAGCCACGCUGUGCACAUUGCGGUGACAAAGGACACACCUAUUUCAAGGAGAACUGUCAACGUGCUCAAAACCCGCCAAGGUGCGUGAAUUGCCAGGGUGAACACAGAGCAGACUCUACUCUCUGCCCGGAACUAUCCAUACAGAAGGAGAUCAGGAAAUACGCAGCCUAUAGAAACGUUUCUCUGUUAGACGCGAGAGAAAUCUUUAAAGACCCUUCUUGCUCUUGCGGUUACCCCAUGCAAGACGCAGAUCACACUCUUUGGAACUGCCCGCUCUACCACGCUCAAAGGACGUCGCUCUUGGCUCAGCUGAUAAAACUCGAGAAGACUCCGCCUUUCAAGAUUCAGGAUAUUUUGGAAAAACCUUCCUCCGGGGUUGUCCACGCAUUAUACUCCUUUUUCAGAUCUUGUAACCUAAGCAUUUAACAUAUCCCGAAUCAUUCACCUGCUCCUUUACUCUCUAUU